GAUUGAGAGCUGCUGGAUUAACGAGAGGAGUGGUGCGCGUGUACACCAGAGGGCGCUAGCGUUAUUUGACAGCGCGAUUAUCCGCCAUUUUCAAAACGUUUGGCCGGGACUAAGAAAUGUGUAUCUCACUUUGUUGUAUUCAGGUGUUGAAUUAGGCGUGAUUACAAAUUAAUUAAAUAAAUACUCGAAUACUUUACAUAUACUCGAAUACAUAUAUUUUCUUAUUCGAGAUGGGACAAGAAUUUAAUGUGCUGAGAUGCUUUUCGUGCCAAACUUUCCAGGUGCAUCAGGUUAAAAAGAGUAAAAAAUGGAACUGUAAAAUGUGUGGGGAGAAGCAGUCACUGCUAAAGGUGUAUGGGCAGGGCUCUGGGGCUGACUGCCGUUGCCACGUGCAGAAGCUCAAUGCCCUACGAGGAGAGGUCCUGCUAGCUGAGGACAAGCAGGCCUCAUUACCACGGAAGCAGGAGGCCAGUGGAUCAAGGAAGUCAGCAGAUGAACCCAUAAAUGGUGGGGAUCAGCUGGUAGAGGGGGUUAAGACCAGCUGCUGGAGCAAAUACCUGGAGAGUAAGGUCGACCAGGUUUUACAGGAGGAACCAGAAGAGGAAGAGAACGUUUACACUGACAGAAAAGACUUCACAAUCUCCAGAAACGCAGACAAAACUAACUCUAGGAAACAGAGAGGAUGGAGCUCAUGUUUUGGGCAGUCACCCCAAUUUGACCCCAGAGAAGUUCACCAUCCUCUGAAGAAAGCCAAGCAGCAAAAGAGGGAGCUCGACCAAGAUCUCCAGAGUAACCCAAGGGUAUCAGGGAACGUUUCUCCAAAAGAUUCAGCUACAAACACGACACUUCCUAUGGCUGAAAGUUCAGCUUCUAGUAGGCAGUGUUUUGUAGCUGAGCCUCCUCCCCUGCUUGUAGCUAGUGAAGGAGCGGUACAGAGGAUGACCUCCAAGUGGGCCAGGUUCCUGACUCAGUCCUGUGACAGUGAAGAGGCAAAGGAAAGCAGUGAUGUACAGGACACCUGCUCCGAUAAGGCAGGAGCUGUUGUAAUGGAGGGCAAUUCCAGGGUGAUUUCAACCCAAGCAGCUGGGGGACAUGAUCUCAGCUGUGCAUUGGGCAGUGACAGAGGGAGUUUUGCUACCAGGGGUCUGGCAAACAUAUCUGCUCCACAGACAGGAAGCAGUAGGGCUGGGCUGCUCCACUCACUUUUCCAAACAGAAAAUGACUUUGACGACACAUUUUAACUUUCCUCAUCCACUGGCCCAAGUAUUUGUGCAUAGCCUGUUAUUUGCAAGAAUGGGUAUGUAUUGAACAUCUCUAAGGACUUUUAAAAUAGGAUAUUGAUUAAACAGAAAUAAAGAGAC